GCGGCCGCAGCUAGACCCUUCUCGUUGUUAGAGCCAUUUUCUGUGUUGACAAUGAGUGUAUUAUUUUCUUAUUAAUUUAGAUCUUAAUAUAUUCUUUCCAUUUAUGUAUUAGUACCGAAUUAAAUAUUCGGAGAAAAACCUUGAUUUACUGCGAGCCACACCUGUGAUAUAAGGAAGGGGUGGGACUGAGCGUGAGGAGGAAAUUGUCUCCAGCAAUGAACGGGGGAUCGGAACAGUCUUUGACCUCAUGUUACACUGAUCGUUUUGUUUAUUUUGUUUGUUUAAAUAUAUGAAAGUAAAUAAAUCGGCCGAGGAAGGCAAAGAAAUCAGCGCCUACAGAGCUUUAUUUGGAUGGUUUUUAACGUGUGAGUCAAGAAGCGGAUCCCUGUUGACGUGGCACAGUUUUUAGAUAUCCCACAAGAAUGGGCCACGACAUAGUCAAAGACUCCGGACCGCUGGAAUAACUGAUGUUAAAGACGCAUCGCUGACUGGAAUCCCGGUUUUGUGAUUUGUGAAUGGAAUAAGGAUACUCCGUGGACAAGGAUUGCGCAACAAUCAGCUGUUAAGCCAUGCGGAGGGCCGCGAGUAAACAAAGGACGGAUCAAGAACAGUGAGUACAUGGACUAAUAUUAGGAAUGAGAUGAACUCUUAAGCCAGAAGAAAAACAUUAAACAUGAUCGGGAUGUGGAUAUAUGCUGGAUGCCUGCCAAGAUAAAAGGAAACGGAAUGGAGCAGAGAGAAAUGUUUGUGACGACGCAAUGUUGACAAGGAAAUGAUGUCAUGAUGGCUGAAGAACCUGAUAAAUUAGAGAAUGAGUUAAAAACUCUCAGUGCGAAGCGCAGAGGGAAACUGGGCGCGUGCACGCGUAAACUGAAUGAACUCAGACCACUGCUUGCUGAUAGUGGAAAUAGUGAAAGGGUGUUACGACUUACGAGGUGUGGAACAAUUAAAAGUGACUCUGGAUGAAUUUAAAGAUGCUCAUGCUGCUGUCCAAAUGCUCUUACCUUCUGAAAUAAAGGAAAAUGAGACGUUGGACUGGUAUGACUAUGAGCCCAAAAUGGAAACAUUUGAGAAUUUCCUAAAGGAAGUGGAUUCAUGGAACACUUUUCCACUAGACCCUCAGAUGCUUAUUAAUCCUCAUACUAGUAUCUCCAAUGUAUCCAAUGAGUCUAGGAUAUCAAAAUGUUCAAAACAAACAAGACAAUCUGCAACUUCAAUAGCCUCAGCUCAUCUUAAAGUAGCCACGGAGAAAGCUGCAUUACAAGCACGGAUGUCCACAUUAAAACAGAAACAGGCAUUGGAAAUGAAGAAAACCAGAUUACAAGCUGAAUUGGAGAGAAUGGAACUGGAGGAGCAUAUAGCCGAAUCUGAAGCCAAAUUAAAGGUGUUUGACAGUUUUUAUGUGGGCCCUGAAAGACAUUCUACAGUACAGGAAAGAGAUGGAAUGAAUGAAUAUUUGACAAGCCACAUUGCUAAAACAUCACUUCACAGCCAACCCAGAGCUCAAAUACCUGCACUUGCAUUAGACCCCUCUGAACCAGCUCCACUGUUGAGCCCGAGAACAUCAGAGCCACCAAGGAGUGAAAGUUCUGAGGAAUCAGACUCUAGUAGUCAUAGUAGAGAUUUGGUAACUGUGAUCCAGAGGCAAAAUGAUAUUGCAGAUUUACUAAUGUUACAUCAGAAACAAUCCUCACUUCCCUCCAGACAAAUACCUGUAUUUGAUGGUGACCCUUUAAGUUUCCAAACAUUCAUGCGAGCAUUUAAACAUGGCAUUGAGAAUAGUUGUGAUGAUGAUAGACUUUAUUACCUUGAACAAUACACUAGUGGCCAACCUAGGGAACUGGUGAGGAGCUGCUUUCACAUGGAACCAGAGAGAGGUUAUGCUGAGGCACGAAGACUUCUGAAAGUUCACUUUGGAGAUGGAUUGAAAAUUACAAAUGCCUACAUGGGGAAAGCCCUCAACUGGAGCAUGAUUAAACCUGAUGAUGGAAAAGCAUUACAUGCAUAUGCCCUUUACCUGAGAGGAUGCUGCAAUGCUAUGAAGGAACUAAAAAGCAUGGAAGAACUGGAUCUUGUAUCUACUUUAAAGCUCAUUGUGUCAAAACUGCCAUACAAGCUGAAGGAAAAGUGGAGAAAUACAGCAUUCGAGCUUCUAGAACGAAACCAAAGAAGGGCCACGUUCUCUGAUCUUGUUGUGUUUAUGGAAAAGCAAGCCAGCAUUCUGCAAGAUCCCCUCUUUGGUGAUAUUCAUGAUGUUAUGCCAUCCCAGAGAGCCAUCCCAAAAGCUACUACAUCCUACUCCAAACAGCAAAUCAACCAACGAGGUAAAAGUAGUAGCUUUGCCAUGGCAAUAGAAACGAGGAACUGUAACACUGCAAGUCCAAAAAGCUAUCAACGACCUGAAAGCCUGGUUACAAAUAGGUGGGAUGGUAAUUGUUGCAUUUGCAAGAAAGGCAAACACUCGCUAAAUGAAUGUGAAAUAUUAAAGCUGCAACCACGUGAUGUAAAGGUGCAACUAUUGAAGGAAAAAGGCAUUUGCUUUGGAUGUCUAACCAGGGGACACAUGAGCAAAGCGUGUAGGAAAAGGAGUACAUGCCUACACUGCCAAGGAAGGCACCCUAGCAUUCUACACAUCGAUAAACCAACAGAGAAUGAAAACGACCACAUGACCAAUUGGACUAAACGAUCAGUCAGUGGAACUCCUGUCAUUCUGGAUAAAGAAGAGGACAUCGGGGCUGGAAAAUAUUGCAAACUGUCAAUAGUACCAGUACAAAUAAAAGUUUCCAAAGGCAGCAAAACUAUACAAACAUAUGCCUUUCUUGAUCCUGGCAGCACAUCAACCUUUUGCACAGAAAAUCUGAUGCGACGGCUGAAUACAACAGGAUGGAAGACUACAGUUCUCCUGCAAACAAUGGGUCAAAAGAAACCAGUGGAUAGUUAUGAAAUAACUGGACUACAAGUGGGUGAUUUGGAUGGGAAUAACUUUAUUGAUCUGCAGAAGACAUACACACAAACAAAGAUACCAGUGACAAAGAGAAACCUCUUCUCUCAAAAGGAUCUCAACAGGUGGCAUUACUUGAAGGAAAUACAACUACAAGAAAUUGAUGCGGACGUGGAACUCUUAAUCGGAGUAGAUGUCCCAAAGGCAAUGGAGCCCUGGCAAAUCAUAAAUAGCCACGGUAAUGGUCCUUAUGCUGUAAGAACUCUCUUAGGAUGGGUCGUCAAUGGACCGCUUAGUUCAACUACAGCUGUGGACACAUUUGGAAGACCAGUGGCAUCAGUAAACCGCAUCUCAAUUGAACAACUGGAAAAGCUUCUUGUAAAUCAGUAUCAUCAUGAUUUCACAGAGAGAUAAUAUGAGGGAAAACUUCAAAUGUCAGCUGAAGAAAGUAAAUUCAUGCAGCUGGUAUCAAGUGCAGCUACACUGAAGGAUAAUCACUAUUAUCUACCGUUGCCACUUCGUAAUAGUGAUGUCAUCAUGCCCAAUAAUCACCAUAUAGCUGAGCAAAGAGCACAUUACCUUGCUCAGAAAUUCAAGAAGGAUGCUGCUUAUGCUGAAGAGUACAAGGUCUUCAUGGAAGAUGUAAUCACAAAAGGCUAUGCGGAGAAGGUGCCAUCAAAGGACCUUCAUCCAAAUGAUGGCAAGGUGUGGUACAUACCCCACCAUGGGGUGUACCACAAGCGAAAAAAUACACUAAGAGUAGUAUUUGAUUGUACAUCUUCAUACAAAGGAACAUCACUCAACAAUGAACUCUUACAAGGACCUGACUUAACCAACUCACUUCUUGGCGUUCUGCUGUGGUUUCGCCAGGAACAGUUUGCCAUCAUGGCAGAUAUUGAAGGGAUGUUCCACCAAGUUCGAGUUCACGAAAAAGACACAAACUUGUUGAGAUUUGGUGGCCAAAUGGUGACACAAGCCAAAAUUUAGAGCAAUACCGAAUGAAAGUUCAUUUGUUUGGUGCCAUCUCCUCACCAAGCUGUGCCAAUUUUGCCUUGCAAAAGACAGCAGAAGAUAAUAAGAGCCAGAGUGACACAAUUGCAGUUGACACCAUUAAAUCAAACUUAUGUUGAUGACUGCCUGAAAUCUGUUGCAAAAGAAGAGCAAGCUAUUAUCCUCACUAAGAAUCUGAGUGAACUAUGUGCUAAAGGAGGUUUCAAACUAACAAAAUGGAUUAGCAAUAGCCGUGCUGUCCUGGCUGCUAUACCUGAUGAAUACAAAGCCAAACAGAUCAAGGAACUGGACCUGGAUAGAGAGAAGCUACCUGUGGAAAGGGCUCUUGGAAUGUACUGGAAUAUUGAAGACGACACAUUUGGAUUCCAAAUUGCAAUAAAAAACAGGACCCUUACCCGACGAGCUGUGCUCUCUACUGUCAGUUCAGUAUAUGACCCGUUAGGUCUUGCUGCCCCCUUUGUACUAAAGGCAAAACAAGUUCUCCAAGGUCUUUGUCAGGCUAAGUGUGGAUGGGAUGUAACAAUCCCUGGUCAGUUCUCCAAACCAUAUGAUAAAUGGCUGACUGAGUUGGAACAGUUAAAACAUUUGCAGGUUAGCAGAUGCUUCAAACCUGAGGAUUUUGGCCAAGUAGAAACCAUGCAGUUGCAUCACUUUAGUGAUGCCAGUGAGCAAGGAUACGGCACUGCAAGUUAUCUCAGAUGUGUCAACAGUUUGGGUGAAGUUCAUGUUGCUUUAGUGAUGGGGGAAGGCUAGAGUAACCCCUCUCAAAAAGAUGACUAUACCCAGACUGGAGCUUACAGCAGCCACCCUAGCUGCAAGGAUGGAUCGGAUGUUAUGCUCAGCGCUACAGCUAAACCUCCAAGAGUCCAUCUUUUGGACCGACAGCCAGUCUGUACUUAAAUAUAUCUGCAAUCAAACCAAGCGAUUCCACACCUUUGUAGCUAAUCGGAUUGCAGUUAUUCACGACAUGUCAAAUGAGACUCAGUGGAGAUAUGUGGACUCCAAACGAAAUCCGGCCGAUGAUGCUUCCCGGGGGCUAAACAUUGAAGCCUUCCUAAAGUCUAAAAGAUGGCUACAUGGACCCGAAUUCCUGCAAGAGGAGGAGUCUCAGUGGCCAGGGAACCCAGACAAAAGGUCACAAAGAUCUCUUUCUCCAGAUGAUCCUGAAGUGAAAAGGAAUGUCACUGUAAAUGUGAUGAGUAUUGAGGGGAAAAGUCCCACAAGUGAACUAAUUGAGCACUACUCAGAUUGGAACAGCCUGAAAAAAGCUGUAGCUUGGAUCCUGAAAUGGAAAAGAUUGCUCUUGGAGAUCACUCAAAGAAGGAAGGUGACAAACCCUGGAUUGCUGCCGAGUAAUGAUUCACUGAAGGAACGGGCCAUAAACUUUAAAGUGACCGUCAACACAAAUCUGACUGUGGAAGAUAUGGACAAUGCUGAAAUGGCCAUACUUGCAUUUGAACAAAGGAAACACUUUGCACAGGACAUUAACUUCCUUGAAAAAAGGAAAUACUGCCAAAAGGACAGCCCUAUAUUAAAAAUGGACCCAAUCCUUGAUCAAGGUAUACUGAGAGUUGGGGGGAGGAACAGAUCAGCUAUGCCAGUAAACGCUAAGAAUCCCAUAAUCCUGCCCAAAAAAUCCCACAUAUCAGAAAUCAUUCUAAGACACAUACACAUCCAAGUUGGUCACUCUGGAAGAAAUCACAUGCUGUCUAAACUAGGACAAAAAUAUUGGAUGUCCUCUGCAAACUCCUCAGCACGAAAGAUCAUCAGAAAGUGUGUUUUCUGCAGACGUAUGCAGUCUAAAGUAGGAGAGCAAAAGAUGGCAGAUCUUCCUCAGGACCGCGUGAUGCCAGAUUUACCAGAUUUCACUGCAGUUGGCAUGGACUAUUUUGGACCGUUUGAGAUAAAGCGAGGUCGGACUAAUGUGAAACGAUGGGGUGUAAUCUUCACAUGCCUUACUAGCCGUGCAAUCCACCUUGAAGUGGCUAGUAGUUUGGACACAAACUCCUGCAUCAAUGCAAUACGGAGAUUCUUAUAUCGUAGAGGUACUGUGAAAACCAUCAGAUCUGAUCAAGGUACACAUUUCAUUGGUGCGCAAAAGGAGCUUGAACAAUCAUUAAAAUAACUAAACCACGACAAAAUCCAAAGCAACCUUCUCCAAGAAGGGAUCGAGUGGAUAUUCAACCCAGCAGCAGGCCCUCACCACGGAGGCGUAUGGGAGCGACUCAUCAAGUCACUAAAAAAUAUUCUGAGCUCUGUGGUAAGAGAACAAGUCAUGGAUGAUGAGGCAUUGCAAACAGCCUUAUGUGAAGUGGAAGCUAUAAUGAAUGAUAGACCCAUCACAACCAUAACCAAUGACUUGAAUGAUGUGGAGCCUUUAACACCUAAUCAUCUGCUUCUGCUCAAAACUCAUCCUGUUAUGCCACCUGGACUCUUCGUGAAGGAGGACCUGUACUCAAGAAGAAGAUGGAGACAGGUACAAUAUCUGGCUGAUCUUUUUUGGAAGAGAUGGGUCAGAGAAUAUCUUCCAACAAUGCAACAGCGAAAUAAAUGGAAUAAGAUCAGAAGGAACUUUCUUCCUGGAGAUCUCGUUGUUAUUGUGGACGAUUCGGCUCCCAGAAACUCCUGGGUGCUAGGACGGAUUCUGAAGACCCUGCCAGGAAGUAAAGGGCUUGUCCGAAGUGUUCUAGUUAAAACAAAAACAAGUGUUUUACAGAGGCCUGUCAACAAACUCUGUUUGCUCCUGGAAGCUGGAGAUUAAGUGGACUACUACUGGCUAAAGCUAGAAAAAUCGAUUUUUGAACUCCAGAAGAAUCUCAUCUAUGAACUCUGACAAGAAGAAAAUUAAUAUUUGUUUUGAAUAUUGGCUCUAUUUAUUAUUUGUUGUAAUUGCUAUAUUCUAUGCAAUUAGGGGCUGGAAUGUUAGAGCCAUUUUCUGUGUUGACAAUGAGUGUAUUAUUUUCUUAUUAAUUUAGAUCUUAAUAUAUUCUUUCCAUUUAUGUAUUAGUACCGAAUUAAAUAUUCGGAGAAAAACCUUGAUUUACUGCGAGCCACACCUGUGAUAUAAGGAAGGGGUGGGACUGAGCGUGAGGAGGAAAUUGUCUCCAGCAAUGAACGGGGAAUCGGAACAGUCUUUGACCUCACGUUACACUGAUCGUUUUGUUUAUUUUGUUUGUUUAAAUAUAUGGAAGUAAAUAAAUCGGCCGAGGAAGGCAAA